CGAGGUGUGGGAUUCCUUAAAGAUCUGGUGCAUUCGGUAAGUGAGAGAGCUAACCAUUUUAAUUUGCAGCCUAAUUAAACGGUUCAAUAAAGUUUUACUUGAUUAUACUUAACCAUCUACAUAUGUUGUUAAUGGGUUGGAAUGGGGUUUGAAAACAUGGCCAAUAAAAGUUGCCAAAAUACAUAGUAUAUCUUGGAAUAUUGAAAAGAAAGAUCUAGUAUCUUCGGAUGCCCAGAAGCAUCCACCUAUUAUGUUUCGGUUUCUAUUGACUCCGGGGAAACAUGGUAGCCGGGUGGUAUAUUGACAAAACAGUUGCCGGGAAACCGAAGGCAAAAUAACAUAUCCCCAAGUCCUGACUACGAUUCAGAAACCCUUUUACACUUUCAUCUAAAUUAUAUUGGUUGCUCCUGCAAAGAUGAUUCAGUACGAUACUGUGCAGAUCAAGAAUGUAUCAUGGCAGCCCGAACUGCAUACGGAGGGCACCUAUGUGUGCUCUUUUCCGGAACCCCCGCUGCCGGAGGCCCAUCUGAAUCCGGGCACCUGGCAUGGCCAUCUGGAGCCGUAUCAGCGGCUCUUCUAUCAUCAAACGAUGAACUCGGUGCGCUCCAGCAAGCGGUACCGUGCCAAUCCGAACAUUCCGAAGGAUACGCUGGAUUUCUCGCUGCAGUCGCGUUACGAUCACACCCGUGAAGCAUUUCCGGACAAGGUGGACUACGUGAUGCAGCGAGAGACGUGCCGCGCCGUAAGUAGCUGGUCGGCUCCUGGGUCGGCCAAGGAAAUUGGUUCCCAACUCAAAUCAUUUCGGGUGUUGCGCAACACACGCUUCAUUCGGCGCAAGCAGGAGGACGUAUUGGGUCAUCCACUUCGCAUAGGCGGUUGUAAGGAAAAGAUUCAUCCGCACAGCGUGAAGCUCAUUUGCAGCGGUGUCCACAACCAGCUGGUGAACAAUGGAUUCUCGCGCCAGACCUCCGACGGCAACUUCUUCCGCUAUUAGUUCCACAAAUCUGUUUGCUUU